AUGAGGAUCCUAAGCUGGAACUGUAGGGGGCUUGGGAACCCCCAAACAGUUCAAUACCUUGGUAUGUUGAUUAAGGAAAAGAAGCCCGAGGUGGUCUUUUUAAUGGAGACCAAGCUGUCGUAUACAAAAGCUUAUAGGAUUUCGAAGAGGUUCAGGUUCCAAGGCGGUGUAGUUGUAGAUGUAGUAGGAAGAAGGGGGGGGCUUAUGCUCAUGUGGAAGGAAGAGAAUUUGUUAGAACUCAUCAACUAUUCCCAACAUCACAUUAAUGUGCGAGUAAGUGAUGAAUCAGGCAGUAAUAGGUGGUUGCUAUCUUGCUUCUAUGGUCAUCCUGUUUCAAGUUUAAGAAGUAAGACUUGGAGCUUAUUAUCAUCUUUUAAGCCUGAGAUUGGUGGGUGGGGAGUCAUAGGGGAUUUCAAUGAAGUUCUUUACAAUAAUGAAAAGGAAGGAGGAAAUCCUAGGAGUGAAUAUUUGAUGAGAAAAUUUAGGGAGGUGAUGGAGGAAGGCAGCUUGUGUGAUUUGGGGUGGGCUAGAAACAAAUUCACCUGGAGCAAUUGCCAUGAAGAUGAAUCUUUCACUAAAGAGAGAUUGGAUAGAGCAAUAGCUAAUGUUGAUUGGAAAUCUCUAUACCCGGUGCAUACAGUUGAGACUCUCCCAGCCAUCUGUUCUGAUCACAGCCCAAUAUUUUUAAAUUACAGUAUUGAGAGGUGCUCAUUUCGAAGAUGGCAUCAUUUCUUCAAGUAUGAGGCCAGCUGGAACAAUGAGGAGGGUUGCAGUGAGGUUGUAGCAGAAGCAUGGAGAAAACGUAUGGGAGAGAGGAGCAGGAUGGAAGGGUUGAUGUGGAAGUUAGAAACCACCCAAAGGAAACUCAGCCAGUGGAGUAGGAACUUGAAUAGAGAAAGGCUAGAGGCAAUAAAAGAAAAGACACACCAACUGGAUACUUUACAAAGGAAUGUAGGGUCUGAGAACUCAAGAGAACAGAAAUAG